GUGGACCGGAAGUUCCGCGCUCUCUUCCGGUUCUCCACCAUGGCGCAGGAUCAAGGUGAGAAGGAGAACCCCAUGCGGGAACUUCGAAUUCGCAAACUCUGCCUAAACAUUUGCGUCGGGGAGAGUGGAGACAGAUUGACGCGGGCAGCCAAGGUACUGGAGCAGCUCACGGGCCAAACUCCUGUGUUUUCUAAAGCUAGAUACACCGUCAGGUCUUUUGGCAUCAGGAGAAAUGAGAAGAUCGCUGUUCACUGCACAGUCCGAGGGGCGAAGGCAGAAGAAAUCCUGGAGAAAGGCCUAAAGGUGCGAGAGUAUGAAUUAAGGAAAAAUAACUUCUCCGAUACUGGAAACUUUGGUUUUGGAAUCCAGGAACAUAUCGAUCUGGGCAUCAAAUAUGACCCAAGCAUUGGUAUCUACGGCCUGGACUUCUAUGUGGUGCUGGGUAGGCCAGGUUUCAGCAUCGCAGACAAGAAGCGCAGGACAGGCUGCAUUGGGGCCAAACACAGAAUCAGCAAAGAGGAGGCCAUGCGCUGGUUCCAGCAGAAGUAUGAUGGAAUCAUCCUUCCUGGCAAAUAAAUUCCCGUUUCUGGUCAGAAGGCCAAUAAAAUGUUUUCAGUGAAAUGUGCA